GAUUGUGUUAACACGUGUUCUUAAGAGAUAGUUAAGAGGUACCUGGAUAAUUAACUUUCUGUUGAGAUGUUUCAUUUAUUAUUUAAUACUUAAUAAGCAAGCCUUACAUUUUCCGUUUUUAUUUCACACAAAACUAACCCAUACGGCAACAAAGAUAGUUAACUAAAUUACAGGAAGAUGCCGUAUCUUUAUGGCAUUGCGGAUACCAAGUUCUUCAAGAAGAUCAAGACAAAGUCACAGAAAGAUGCCUCAGUGGUGCUGCCGCCCUUCAAGUUCCGGCGGAACGAGUUUCUCCAGGCAUGUCCGAAAUAUGAUAAGGACGAUAUGCCUAUUCAGUUUAGGGCUACACCUGCUCCCCUCGUGGAGCUCUGCACGAUCGUGGUGGACAAGCUGCCACUGCCACCCAUGUUCGAGUGGGAUGACAUGGACAUUAGGCGCUGGAUUCAUAGCUACGGUUAUCCUCAGUACAUGAACACCUUCCGUGUUAAUAUGAUCACAGGCCGAAAGCUGCUCCUGCUGGACGCCUGCGCCCUGAGUGCCAUGAACAUCAAGGACUUUGAUCACAUUCGUCACAUCACCUACGGCAUUCGAAUGCUGUUUCACUUCGAGCUGACCAAGUUCUCGUCCAGCAUAUCGCUGCCUGAUGAGAAGCCCAACGAACUGUACCUGCUGUUCCACACGCAGACCGGCGUAAACUAUGACGAGGUGCGUCGUAGCGAUCUGUACAGGCGGAUGCAGUUGAUCCGAGAGCGUUCCCGCAAUCUUGAUCACUGGGAUCUGCUGUACCUGUGGCUGCGACGCGAGCGGGAGCACAAAUACCAGGAGAUCAUCGGUCUGACGCGGCGCACCAAAUUGUUCAAGUGCAAGGAGGCGGUGGUAGAAAAGCGUAUUCCGCAGUGCUUGGAGCCGGAGGAUCUUAUGUGCCAGACCUGCAUGCCGCCGUGCGACUGCGACUGGACGAAGCGGGAGCUAAGGCUGCCAUGGCGCUUCAGCUGCCUCACCCCGGUACUGGCAACGACCAUGAGCAAGUGGAAGGACACUCAAACGCAGUGCACGUCCUGCAUACCGCCCUGCGAAUGCCACUGGCCACCACGCUACUAUCUCACCGGCACGGUCAUCAACUGUCUGCAGCACAAGUUCCCGGAGAAGUUCUGUCCCAUUUUCGAUGAGCGAUACAAGGCCUCGGAACGUCCCAGUAUCGUGGAGCGUUGGACAAGGUUCUCCAUUUAGUCCUUUAUUUUUUACGUAGUUGUCUUACCUAGAUGUUGGGUUUACUUCGAGUCUUUGGUAUAUUAAAUGGUUUUCAAAAUAAUAA